UUUUGACUGAGCUGUCAAAGGCAACGACAAACAGACGUAGCGGCACAGACCACAACCUACCAUAAGACCAUAAGAGAGAGACGAAACCUUCUCACAGAGAACGUGAGAAACUACUUUGGAGUUCUGUCAGAAGCACAGAGGAGACAUUUUCAAGUUUUCAACCACUUGUGCAGAAAAUACUGAAGAAUGGCAGCAUGGGACCUGUCAAUCACAGUGGAGGAUUUGGGCCCUGAUGCCGAACCUAUCACCAUCAGUGUGACCUCUGACCUCCACGUAGGCGGGGUUAUGGCAAGAUUGGUGGAAAAGACACAGAUUACGCGUGAUUGGUCAGACCGUGCUUUGUGGUGGGAGCAGAAGCAGCAGUGGCUGCUACGAACAUCCUGGACUUUGGAGAAGUACGGAAUCCACGCCGACGCACGCCUGCUCUUCACGCCCCAACACAAGCCCCUGAAGCUGGGUCUACCCAACGGCAUCACCCUGAAGCUCCUCGCCAGCUUCUCCAGCCCCGUCUUCUCCAGUGUGAUAGGCAUCUGCAAGAUGCUUAACAUCCGUCGCCCUGAGGAGCUCUCCCUCCUCCGGCCUGUAGAGGAGAAGAAGAAGAAGAAGAAAGAUAAGGAUUUGACAGAGGAAAUUUACGACCUGACUGAGGUGCCUCUCACCUCAGGCUCCAGGCCCUGUCUGUACAACGGCAUGCCAGCUCACUUUGCUGACUCUCCCAAGAUGGAGGCCAUUUAUAAGAUGCUGUCAGUUACUCAGCCUCCUCCUGCUCCAGAGGUUUUAGCCAAGCAGUACCGACCCUCCAGUGUGGUGGACAAGGCCCACAUUAAUGGCAGGUGGUUGGACUCCUCCCGCUGUCUUAUGCAACAGGGGAUCCAAGAAAAUGACAGACUCUGGCUCAGAUUCAAGUACUAUACCUUCUAUGACAUAGAACCUAAGUAUGAUGUUGUGCGUUUGACCCAGCUUUAUGAACAGGCUCGCUGGGCCAUCCUGCUGGAGGACAUCGACUGCACAGAGGAGGAGAUGAUGCUGUUUGGAGCUCUGCAGUACCACAUCAGUAAAGUCUCCCUGUCAGAGCCUCAGAUGCAGAUCUCCAGUCCAGCCAUGGAAGACCUGGAAUUAGCCCUGCAGUGCCUGGAGGUCAAGAUGGAAGGAAAGAGCAGCUCUGCAUCUGAGCUGCUGGAAAACAUAACUGCACCAGAACUUAAUGACUAUUUGAAAAUAUUCAGACCUAAGAAGUUAACCCUGACACCAUACAAACAGUACUGGUUCAAGUUCCAGGAUAUGGUUAUCUCUUCCUUCAAGAGCAAAGAGGAGAGCAGCGGAGAACCUAUUCAACAGAUAAACCUCAAAGGCUGUGAAGUGGCUCCUGACGUGAGCCUGGCUUCACAAAAGUUCAUCAUCAAACUCCGGAUUCCAGCACCUGAAGGCAUGAACGAGGUGCAUCUUCGUUGUGAAAAUGAGCAACAGUACGCUCAGUGGAUGGCUGCCUGCCGUCUGGCCUCUAAAGGAAAGACUCUUGCAGACAGCAGCUUCCAGAGUGAAAUACAGAGCAUUCACACCUUCCUGGCCAUGCAGAAGACCAACUCUGGCACUAACAGCAGCGCAGCAGCCGGGGAUGAAAGCAUCAAUGCUUACAGUCUGGUGUCACCACGCUACCAUAAGAAAAACAAGGCCAAACAGCUGACCCCUCUUAUCCUGGAUGCUUGUCGGAAUGUGGCUGAGCUCUCGCUGACUGACGCCAUGCUUCGCUUCGUGCAGAUGUGGCAGGCGCUUCCUGACUUUGGUCUCUCAUAUGUUGUUGUCAGGUUUAAAGGUAGCCGAAAAGAUGAAGUUCUGGGCAUUGCCCCCAACCGCCUGAUCCGCAUUGACCUGGGUGUGGGUGAUGUGGUCCAGACCUGGCGUUACAACAACAUGAAGCAGUGGAACGUCAACUGGGACAUACGACAGAUGGCUAUAGAGUUUGAAGGAAACAUUAACAUCGCGUUCAGCUGUGUGACCGCCGACUGCAAAAUAGUUCACGAGUUCAUCGGCGGCUACAUCUUCAUGUCAACACGCAGUCGUGAGAAAAGCGACACGCUGAACGAGGACCUCUUUCGCAAACUGACUGGUGGACACGAAGUUCACUGAUACAAAUGAAAACAUUCACAAACAGUAGGUUUUCUGUAGGUCUAAUAUUACACAAAGGAAACCACAGCAGUGUGACCAAGGUUCCACGGUACAGAACAGUUCUUUUCAUGUUAAACUGCCUUUAAUAUUAGCCCCUGAAGAUGUCUUCUUUAGUUCUAUGUAUGGUAUGGUGCUUUCAUUCACAGUGCGAUGUAACAGCACUGUGAAUACAUUUUAAAGUAUAAAAGUCAAACUUAUAUUAUUAGUCUGCUGGGUACAAUCUCUGCUAAUUAUAAGAUCACAGUCAUUCUUAGGUAGUUUUGAAUCUUUUAAUCAAUUCUCCAGAGGCCACCUUAAUUUAAUCCUCUAGUGUAUUGUGAUGUGCUAUGGAUAAAUAAACAACACAGGUGCAAUAGUUUUGGUUCUUAUAUUUUGUGUAAAAUGCUGAUAGAUUCCCAAAAAUAAACCUACCGUUUUCAAAAAUCCUGUUUUUAAUAAAAGCACGUAGUCCAUGCUUUAAAAUGCCUAAAAUGUCCCUUUAGGGGUCAACAGUUUUGCCUUAGCUGUACAGUUCACACAAUCGGUUCACACAAAGUUGUUCUUGUGACAGUUUUCCAUUUCCUUCAGCAUGGACCCUCGAUGACCAAACCUCCAGUUGCACAGUUACAGGAGAUAGUAAACCUUAUUGUUACUUAAUGCUUUAAUGAACAUAAGCAUGUGUUUUGUUUUUCAUCUUUUAGUUUUUAGUGUUGUGAUCAGCAUUGUUCAGGAUUCACAAAUUUCUUUUGUUCUUUUGUCUGAAGCCAAAAUAUUAUUAGAAUUAAAAAUAUUAAAACAG